UUCUACCUUCCACUUCAUACCACUCUAAAACCUGAAAAAAAAACCGUCCUUUUGGCGGUAGCUACUAAUGGAGAAGCAACCCAACUAUGGCAGAAAACCUCCAACAGUUCCUAUAAAGCUACCGAAAGAGAGAGUUUUUGGAGCAAAUACGGUUCACCUAUCAGAAGAUGAUGCGAGUAACCUUGUCGGAGGAAUCGUUGAAAAGGGCAUUUCAGAUUCUGAUCAUUUCACAACUCCUCCUUCUACUCCUCUUCCAUCCCUUUUACCCUUUCCGGUUGCCCGCCACCGCUCUCAUGGCCCUCAUUGGACUCCAAGUGUGAACCAAUUUGCUGCUGGUGGUCACGGGAUCGAUAGGGAUGAAGAAUAUGGGGAAGAUGAUGAUCCUACAAAUUAUGACCCAUUAGCGUUUUUUGCUGAGCCCGUCGUUAAGAAAAAGAAAAAAGAACUGGAUUUGAGUAGGUGGAGAGAAUUAAUUCAAAGUAAUGGUGUUUCUUAUAUCCAUGAGAAGGAAAAAGAGUGCAAGGUAGAAGAGGGUGUAGAAAAGCAAAAUGGAAGCAAUUUACUAUCUUUACUAGAGCCUUCUGAGGUUUCUGUUAGCACCAGUACCAUAAUCAGAACUGUGGAUAUGGAUUCAGAUAGGCUAAAUGAAUUGUUGUCAUCAAAAAGCAAUAACAAUGUAGUAAGAUUAGGACAUGAUCUGUCCAGGAAUAACAAAGGUAAUUCAGAAGUUCUGAUUGGUGUUGCAGAGAGCAGUGAAGUUCAAAAUGAAGUUCAUUUGGAGAGGUCUUCUGAUGAUGAUGUGGACAUGGGUGAAACUUUAUCAUCACUUGAGAUGCUAGGCCUUAGGGACAAGCAGCCUUCAGCAGUAUUUGGACCCAGAAGUACAGGUCAUGAACAAGGGCACACAAGUCUUGAGAGUGAGAUUGAUGCUGAAAAUCGGGCCUUGUUAGAAAGAAUGUCUAAAGAGGAGAUUGCAGAAGCACAGGCAGAGAUAAGAAACAGGAUAAAUCCUGAACUGCUUAAGAUUUUGAAGAAGCGGGGGUUUAAAAGAUCGGAGAAGUUGGGGUCAAGCUGCAGUUCAGAUGCUAUUGAUGUACGUACUUCAGGUAUUAUGGAGGUUGAUAAACAUUUAGAUGAAGAUGAAAACGUUUCGGCAGUUGGAACUUCUGUUAUUCCUUCAUUGAUUACUCAUAGUAAGGUUGACAUAGAAUCGAGGGUAGAUGAAGGUGUACAGAGUGAGUUGUCGAAAGGCAGCAACGUAUGGGAUUUAUGGAGUAAACGAGUGGAGGCUGCAAGGGCUAUUAGAUUUUCAUUUGAUGGAAAUGUUGUCGAAGGGAGUACUUUGGAUCCUGGCUAUGCUGCUGAUGCUGUUGCCGAGCGUGAUUAUUUGAGAACAGAAGGGGACCCUGGUGCUGAUGGGUAUACAAUAAAGGAGGCUCUAGCUCUUGCAAGGAGCGUUAUUCCUGGACAACGAGGUCUUGCAUUACGUCUUCUUGCAUCAGUUCUUAGUAAGGCUUUGCACAACAUUUGUGAUAAUCAAUUAGAUUGUUCAACAAAUCUUCGUAAUGUGAAGAACUUUGUUGAUUGGGAGGCAAUUUGGGCUUAUGCAUUGGGUCCAGAGCCUGAGCUUGUUUUAUCUCUGAGGUUGGCGCUUGAUGAUAAUCAUAGCUCUGUUGUUUUAGCUUCUGCUAAAGCAAUCCAAUGCGUUCUAGCUUAUGAUGUGAAUGAGAACUUCUUCAACAUAUUGGAAAAAAGGGGGAUGAAGGAUCAAUAUACUGCUCCAGUAUUUCGAAGUAGACCUGACAUUAAACAUGGUUUUCUUAGUGGCGGUUUUUGGAAAUACAGUACUAAACCCUCCAAUAUUCUCCUUCCUGAUGAGGAAAUUGUAAAUUCCAAGAAUGAAGAACGUACUAUUCAGGAUGACAAUGUUGUUGCUGGACAGGAUGUUGCUGCAGGUCUGGUUAGGAUGGGGAUUUUACCCAGGCUUUGUUACCUUUUAGAGACUGAACAAGCGAUGGCCUUGGAGGAAUGCAUAUUAUCAAUACUCAUUGCAAUUGCUAGGCAUUCUUCAACAUGUGCAAGUGCAAUAAGGAACUGUGAAAGGCUUGUUCAGACGAUUGUUAAUAAUUUUACCAUGAAAGAUACUGUGGAACUUCAGACUCCUAAAAUAAAAUCUGUGACUCUAUUGCGAGUUUUGGCUCAAUCAAGCAAGACUACAUGUAUGGAGUUCAUCGAGAAGGGGUUCUUCCAAACUGUAAUGUGGCAAUUGUAUCAAGUGACGAAUUCUAUUGAUGAGUGGAUAAGAUUUGGGACACAUAAGUGUAAGCUGGCUUCAGAGUUGAUGGUAGAACAAUUACGCUUUUGGAAGGUUUGUGUCAUGAAUGGCCACUGCAUUUCUUCUUUCACAGGCUUUUUUCCAGGUUUGUGCCUGUGGUUGAAUCCUCCCACAUUUGAAAAACUUAUAGAAGCCAAUGUCUUUCAUGAUUUUGCUUCCAUCAGUGUGGAAGUUUUCCUUGUUUUGGAGGCAUUAGCUAGCAGGCUCCCAGAUUUACAUUCCAGUAGAAAUGAGAAUGAACAAUUUCAGGGAAGUUUCAGUGAUAACUUAGAAACUUGGUGUUGGAGUGAUGUUCGUCCAAUGGUUGACGUGGCCUUGAAGUGGCUACAAAUUAAGGCUGAUUCAACAUUUUCCAAGUUCUUGUGUAAGCAAAAUAUAGUUGAUGACAAGUUUGUGAACUAUUCUCAUGUAUCUUCUUCGUUAUGGAUACUGUCAGCUGUUCUGCACAUGCUUAAGACAAUUCUUAUUAAGGCGACUCCUCGAGAUGUGCUUAAGCUAAAUGGCAAUGAAAGCGGGAGGCAGUUGCCUGACUUUGUAGCUAAACUUGUAAGUCAAAUCAUAAAAAAUGGUAUCCUUAAUAUAUUCGAGGAUAACCUGGAUGAAUCUUUUGUUGACAAGCUGUGUCAAUUCAGACAUCAAUCAGAUUCUGAGGUCUCGAUCGCUUCUGUGUGCUGCCUUCAUGGUUUACUCCAGGUGGUAGUUUCUGCCGAUCACUUGAUCCAUCUCACCAGAGGCAACAUUCAACAUAAAAACCUUCUUGGAUAUGAGUUUGUUAGAGAAACUAAUACACGUGAUGGUAAAAUAUUCAAAUAUUCUCUGAACGAGUGGAAAAAAGUUUUUGAAGAAUUUAUGAAGUUGAUUAAUUCAGAAUGGAAAUUCGUGUGCAGCAUCGAGGUAUUUGGCAGGGGAGGUCCUGCUCCAGGGGUAGGAGUGGGAUGGGGUGCUUCUGGUGGCGGAUUUUGGUCCAUGACUACUGCGUUAGUUCAAGCAGACGCAAGAAUGUUUAUUGAGUUGCUUAGAGCUUUUCAUUCGCUAUCUUCAGGAGAUUUUCCUCAAGUUGAAGAGCAUAAUUUCAUGGUGCAGAGUGUCAAUUCUGCCGUAGCGUUGAGUUUAACUGCAGGACCUGGGGACGAAGCUUUCAUACAAAAUGUAUUGGAUUUCUUGCUGGAAAUUCCUGUUCUCAAAUUUUUCAAUCGGUAUAUCUUUAAAUUUUGUCACUCUUGUAAAGGAGUAGAGCCAUUUACAUUAGACUACACUGAGAAUGACUUAGUUCAAUUCGGCAAAAGUCUGGCUUCUCACUUCCGAGACAGGUGGUUGUCUUCUAAGAAAAAGAAGAAUCCGGAAACAAAGGAAGGAAAAACUCGUGGAAUUAAAAGGGUCAAACCAAUUGGAAAUUCUCUAGAUACCAUUCCUGAAGAUAUGGAAACGCCUGGGAAAAGUGGCAACUCACAGAUGGUUGAGUGGGCUCGGCAGCGAUUGCCUCUUUCUGUUCACUGGUUGCUAAGUCCUAUAGUGACCAUUGGUGACGUCAAAUCUAGUAAUACGUCAAAUACUUCUAAAAUUUCUCCUGUUCAGGAUCCAAUGGGAUUUCAUGAAGUUGCUAAAGCUGGGCUUUUCUUGCUGUUGGGUAUUGAAGCUAUGUCCUCCGAGCUUUCAGAUGAAGAUAACUUCCCCGUUAAGAGAAUUCCUUUAAUCUGGAAAUUGCAUGCGUUAUCUGUGCCAUUACUUGUAGGAAUGAGCGUCCUCGAAGAAGAAAGGAGCAGGUACAUGUACGGAGCUCUACAAAACCUAUACGGUAAACUUCUAGAUGAGUUAUGGCACAGAAGCAUCAAGACUGACGGCUUUGAAACUGAGUCUUCUUCUUAUGCUGAUAAGCUCAGUAUUGGUUGUUUGAGGUUUCAGUCCGAGAUUCAUGACAGUUAUUCCACAUUUAUUGAAACUCUUGUGGAGCAGUUCGCUGCAAUAUCAUAUGGCGACUUCGUUUUUGGACGACAAGUUGCAAUAUAUCUUCACAGACAGGUCGAGAUUUCAGUGAGACUUGCCACGUGGAAUGCACUAUCUAACGCCCAUGCUCUUGAACUCCUUCCAUCAUUAGAUGAUUGUUUAUCUCAGGCAGAAGGAUAUCUAGAACCUGUUGAGGAAGAUGAAGGUAUUCUAAACGCUUAUGUAAAAUCAUGGAUUUCUAGUUCCCUUGAUAGAGCUGCAACUCGGAAUUCAAUGACAUAUGCUAUUGUUUUACAUCAUCUGUCUUCGUUCAUUUUCAAUAAUUCUGAUGGAGAAAAACUAUUGCUACGGAAUAAACUUGUGAAAUCUCUGUUAAGAGACUAUGCACGCAAACAGCAACACGAGGAUAUGAUUUCGGAUUUAGUUCUGUAUCACCGUUCUCACACACUUAAGAAACGAGGGAAAAACGUCUCAACUUCUUUAUUGAUGAACAACACAGAUGCCAGGUUUGAGCGAUUAAAGGAUUGUUGCGAAGGAAAUUCACAGCUAGUCACAGUAGUCGAAAAACUCAAAUGUUGUAUUUCAAAGAAGCAAUCUAAUGUUUGAAGUAAGCGACACGAUUAGAUCUUAGAGUCUUAUCAUUUUUACGCUAAGAGUUUCUUGAUUUGUCGAAGUUCAAAUCUUGAAGAGUGAUCGUGAGGUCUGUAUGGCCUUUAUCAUCUUACUCGUGAUAGGUAGUCAUAUCAGUGCAAUCUGGUCCGACAUGAGCUUGAUAGUUUUCAGCCUUAGACCGGACCACUAAUUAGGUAAAAGUGGAGGUGUUUAUCGGAAGCUGGCAGUUAAAUUUUGUUUUAUUAGGUUAUUCGGGUUAUCGAACAUCAAGGGAUCAGAGAAGGCAUAUGCUGAAGAAUGAAGGGUAUUUGGCUGGGUGUUGAGUCGAAUUAUAUAGUGUUUUAUGUGUGUGGUUGUCUAGACUACAAUACUCGACUUGAUAGUUUGAUUUCAAUUUUUGUAUGGUCUUAAUCUAUUAGUCCACCUCUACUUGUAGAUAUUAUCUUUAUAAAUUAUAAAAUUUUGUUUUCUAAGCCUAGCGAUCGAUGUGUUUUGCUUAAAUUCGUACCUUUUGUUUUCGAAUCCCUACUACAAGAGUUUAGAAAACGUCUAUUGUUUAGACUAAUUUAUGAUUCUCGAAG